AGAAGCCCGUGUCCCUCCUGGCUUCCUGCGACUCGGUCUGGGCAUUCCCUGCCUCCUUUUCCGGGCACUGCCUGCACCCCUCCCCGGGCACUGCCUGCAUCCCCGCCUGGGCAGAGCCUCCUUCCCUCCCCGGGCACUGCCUGCAUCACUCCCGGGCAUCACUGCCUGCAUCCCCGCCUGAGCAGUGCCUGCCUCCCUCCCCAGGCACUGCCUGCCUCCCUGCCUGGGCAUUCCCUGCCUCCCUCCCCGGGCACUGCCUCCAUUCCCCCCCCCGGGCGCUGCCUGCCUCCCAGCCUGAGCGGUGCCUGCCUGCCUCCCCGGCCACCGCCUGCCUCCAUCCCCGGCCACCCGCCGGCUUUGCGACCCAGCGGCGGCCGCGCUCCCCGCCCGGCGCCCCCCGCCGCCGCCGCCCGGCCCCUCGGUAGCGCCGCGCCGGGCGGGGGCCGGGCCGGGCCGGGCCGGGGCUCUGCAGCGGGGCCGCCCGCCCCGCACCGGGCUCGCCGCAUGGCUCCGCCGCCCGCCGGGGCGCCGCCGGCCCGGGCCGCCGCUGCAAGUGAUGGGCUGUCCCGGAGGGGAAAUGCAUCCUGAAUGGGGCUGAGGCCCCCUGCGCGGGAAUAUGCAGCCUCGGUGCCACAGGGGCAGCACCAGGGCAGUGGCCGGCGCGCGGCGGCAUGGUGGCAACGUUCAAGAUCGCCGUGCUGGGAGCCCAGGGCGUGGGCAAGAGCGCCAUAGUCCGGCAGUUCCUCUACAACGAGUUCAGCGAGGUCUGCGUGCCCACCACGGCUCGCCGCGUCUACCUGCCCGCCGUCGUCAUGAACGGCCAUGUCCACGACCUGCAGAUCAUGGACUUCCCCCCCAUCACCACCUUCCCCGUCAACACCCUGCAGGAGUGGGCGGACGUGUGUUGCAGGGGGCUCCGGAGCGUCCAUGCCUACAUCCUGGUCUAUGACAUCUGUUGCUUUGACAGCUUCGAGUACAUCAAAACCAUCCGCCAGCAGAUCCUGGAAACGAGGGUCAUCGGCACUUCGGAGACGCCCAUCAUCAUCGUGGGCAACAAGCGGGACCUGCAGCGGGGCCGGGUGAUCCCGCGCUGGAACGUCUCCAACCUGGUGAAGAAGACGUGGAAGUGCGGCUACAUCGAGUGCUCGGCCAAGUACAACUGGCACAUCCUGCUGCUCUUCAGCGAGCUCCUGAAGAGCGUGGGCUGCGCCCGCUGCAAGCACGUCCACACCACCAUCCGCUUCCAGGGCGCCCUGCGCAGGAACCGAUGCACCAUCAUGUGAGCCCCCCCCGCCCCCAUGGACCCCCACCCCGUCCGGGGGUGAUGCCGCGGUGGGAGCUGUGCCAGAGGCACCUCGGGGUUUGCUUCCCACCCCCUGCGGUGACAUUUGGGGACGGUGCAGCUCGGGCGGUGCUGGGCAGGGUGAUGUGGUGGCGACCGGCGGGUCGGAGCGGGUGUACGGCCGGGCUGCCUGGAGGGAGCGAGGGGUGAGGGAGGACCUCAGCUAAACCCCCGAGCCCUCCCGGAGCCUCCGGCGCUUGCGGCCAAGGCCGUCCCGGGGUGGGGGGGUCGUGUCUGUGCCGUGCCUGAAACGCUGCAUGGCGCCGGGGGGUGGGGGAGACAGCGCACACAGUGCCCGAGGUUGGCGGCCGGGUCCGUCCUCGCCGGCUCCUGCCCCGGCAUCGCAGGGACAACGCUUGCUGCUGCCAGCCGCCACCUGCCCCUCGGAAGGAAAUUGCCGGGGGUGGCUGCGUUCCCGGGGCAGAGCCGGGAGUCCCGUGUUCCUCCCCGUGGAGCUGGGCUUUCUCCCCUCAGAGGGCAGAGGAGCCUCCAGCAAGAGGCCAGGUUACACGGGCGCUCUUUUGGCUCAGUUUGAGUUGAGUUCCAGGUAGAAUUUCUGGAUGAAAGCAACAAAGGGAAAAAAAAUAAAUAAGUAAAACCCCCAUCCUGCUCCUUACAUCCCCCCCAGGGUGCCGGGUGCUGCUUCCCCAGGGCUUCGAGUCCCCCUUCUGCCCCGGUUCAGCCAAGGAAGGCUUCUCCUCCCCCACCAGCCCGUCAAACACCAAAUAAUCUGGAAAUGCUCCUUGCCGGGCAGGUCACCCCUCCGCUACCUCGCGUCCCAGGCUCAGCGGGCGACCGGCUUCGCACGGCUCUGACCCAACCCCUCGGCGUCCCCCGGGCAGGCAGGCGGUUCCCCCCAUGCCGUCGCACCCUGCCAGCGGUGCUGCGAGGAGGGUCCCACCCACGCCGGGCUUUCCCACGGCGAUGCUUGCCUCCAUCCGCGUGAGACGGCGGUGGUGCGAAGGCAGCCUCCGGAGCAACAGGGAGCUGGACUUGCAUUUCCAGUUGCAUUCCUUUAUUUUUUCUCUCUACACAUCCCUAAUAGGAAAGUGAGCCCCCCAUUUUUAUUUUUUUUUAAUUUUUCUUUGAUCUUUCAGCUUGUUUUGACACCAGACUUGCAGCUCACCUGCACCUUGUCCUGCAGAGCGGGCGGCAAAGCCCAGCCUGCGUUAACUAACGAUGUCGGGGCGGUGUGCCGGCAAGGGGGGAGCAAGAGGCCGAGGGGGUCGUGGUUCCUCUCUCUUGGCUGCUCCCUGUGAGACACAGGGAAAUGCCGUCCUCACCCUCUGAGGCCGGUCCAUCCUCCGGCAAAACCAUCGCAGUGCUUGCUGGUGUGAGGAGGGGCUGCAGGUACUCAGCACCGCUCUGGGCAGUAAAGCGAAAGGACGCCAGCCCCGUCUCUUCCCCGCCAGCCAGGCCCCCGUCUGACAGCAGCACUGCUGUGCUCUCCGUAACACUUUCUAUUAAGAGUAGGUCCAGCCGAGCUCCGGCACGGCGCAUUUCACUGCCCCAUCCCUGCCGCGUGCCGCCCCAAUGCUGCAGGGCUGGGGGGGGGGGGUGUCACCCUGCUCCUCCCUUCCCACUCCCAGCAGCUGCUUUGGGAACCAACCCCUGUCCCCCUUGCUCCAAAAAAAAAAAAUGGAAAAAAAGAAAAAAAAAGCGACAGGGGGGACACAGGUCCAUCUCAGGCGGCUGCGGGAGCCCCGGCCAGGGAAGGGCACUCACCUCCAUCCCUCGCCGUCACAGCAAACCCACUGGGCUUCGCCCAACCUCAUCUCAUCAGGAUUUAUUAACACGUGUAAAAGUCCACGUUAUCGGUCUCUGGCUAGCUUUAUCCCUCCAAAUUGUUUGAGAAGGAAACUCCUUGGUAAAUGCUAAUAAUAAAGCAUUUAUAAAGUGCUCCGACGUACACAUAUCAACGACUAAGCCAAUACAUUGUUUGUUAUAACCCGUUAGCCUGCAGUUUAUAGCACAAUUAGUUACAGGUUUUUAUAGCAUCUAUUUAGUAUUUUGAAAAAAAAAAAAGGUUAUAAAUAUAAUUGUUAUAUUCUAUUGUACUUUAUAGACAGAGAAAGUUAUAUUAAUAAUAAUAACAACUCUCACUGCUUCGACAGCAUUUCCCUGCUCCCAGGAAAAUGAGGGCUACAAUGAGCUACUUUCCCAAGAGCCCAGGAGGGGGUAGGUGGUGGCACCCGCCGGGUGCAGGCAGGGAAACCAGGUGGUGGUACCCGCCGGGUGCAGGCAGGGAAAUGUGGGCAGGGAGGUCCGGCGUGUGGCCAGGCUCCGGGGACCCGAGCAGCCAGGAGCACAGCAGCAGCUACAAGCGACCCGCGCCUUGCCCCUACUCACACCCUUAGUACAAAGUGUUACCGCUCCCCCAACGCCACCCUGGUCCUGCUGAAAACAACCUGCUCCUGAGCCUGGGAGAGGCCGAGGACGUCCCCGCGCCAUCCCCGGGGCAGUGCCCGGUUUCUGCCCCUGUGCACGUGGUGCCGCAGGAGGCGAUGCCUGGGUUUGGUCCAGCCCCGGCAAGGAUGCUUCCCUCUCCUCCUCCUGCCCGGUGAGCAUCCUGGUUGCCUGGACUUGGCUUUCCCUUCCCCCCUGGACUUCUUGUCGGAGGUUCCUGAGGUGUCUACGCCACCUGUAACACCCUGCACCCCCUUCUUUGAAAUCAAAUUAAAAAAUCAGGUCUGUCCUCC